ACGCUUCCGCUGGAAACCUCUUCUGUCUGCGCGCUCUCUCUCUCUCUCUCUCUCUCUCUCUUUUCACUGGUGGGUGGUACUCCCGACUGAUUUUGUCGGGGGAGGCGAGUAGGGUUUCGUUUCGAUCUAACGACCAAUUCACGGGCGUGAAAGUGGUUUUAGGGGUUUCUGCUUGUGAGAUGUAUCUCUAUGCUAUGGUCUUGCCUGAUUCACGGGGAGGAUGAGGUCAUUACCUGCUUGAAGUACCUCGGAUGAGGGUUCACUUAUGCUGAACUACAUUCUUGGAUAAUGGAGGCUCUAUCUGAGAAUCAUAGUGAGGACGGGACCAAAAAGACCCAAGCUUUGGCUUCCUCGAAGCAAUCGCCAGUGGCUUCAGCUGAAGGUGUGAAAAAAUCAUCGAAAAUAGCGGAACCUUGUGGAGUCAUGCCAGCAUCUAAAGCUUCCGGGGCUGUUUCAUCUGUCAGGAAGAAGACGGAAGAUGUCAGGGCACCGGAUAUGAGUUCCAGUAGGUCUAGCUUCGGUUUCAUGAAGCCCACCGUCAGUUCGAGCGCUGCUUCUUUGCAUAGAAGAAACAGCACGGGAGGCAUGGCAGAGAAGCACCCGGUUUCAUCACCAAAACGACAGGAAAAUGGAGGUGCAAUUGAUGGAAAAAAGAUUUCUCCAUCUAUUUCAGAUCCUGGAAAGAGAAGUAACACUGAAACUAGGCGUUCAUCUCUGCCUUCUGUUAGCUCAAAAGCUCCGGCCUCGGUGACACGCUCAGAGACAAAGAAGUCACCUACAAUCUCACACUCAACCUCUACCAUGUCUGACAGCGGCAGGGCAGGUUCAACACGGAAGCUCUCUGUUAGACCAUCACCAUCAGUUUCUUCCUCGAAAAGGGUUCCCACCUCUCCGGUGGAGAGUUCCAAUGGCCGCAGUAGUCUCAGAAGGGCAGCUUCUAAUAUUUCUUCUCCAUCAGCACGCUCACCUUCAGUAUCAAGCAGCUUUAAAUUGGGAUCGAUGUCCUCAUCAGUGGACAGAGGUUCAUCUUUAUCAGCUCGGAGGAAAGCUUCAACUCCAGAAAGUCGUGAUUCUCGUUUGAUCAUGCUUCCACAGGUUGAUGUCAAAGCCGGGGAUGAGCUGAGGCUGGAUUUAAGAGGUCACAGAGUUCGUAGUCUUGGUGCCCUGAACUUGUCACCAAAUUUGGAGUUUGUUUAUCUCAGGGACAAUCUGCUAUCAUCUGUGGAGGGUAUUGAGAUUUUGAAGCGCGUGAAGGUUCUCGACCUGAGUUUUAAUGAUUUUAAGGGGCCUGAUUUUGCACCUCUUGGAAAUUGCAAAGCCCUGCAGCAACUUUAUCUCGCUGGAAAUCAAAUAACAUCACUUGCUACCCUUCCUCAACUUCCUAAUCUGGAGUUUCUCUCUGUUGCUCAAAACAGGUUAAAAUCACUUCGUAUGGCUAGUCAGCCUCGACUUCAGGUAUUGGCAGCCAGCAAAAACAAAAUUUCAACUCUGAAGAGUUUCCCAGACUUACCGCUACUUGAGCAUUUGCGUGUGGAGGAGAAUCCUAUACUGGAGAUGCCUCACUUAGAAGCUGCUUCCGUAUUGCUUGUUGGACCUACCCUAAAGAAGUUUAAUGACCGAGAUCUUUCUCCCAAUGAGCUUGAAAUUGCAAAACUAUAUCCUGCUCACACGGCUUUGUGUGUUAGGGAUGGUUGGGAAUUUUGCCAUCCGGAACUGGCUGCAGACUCAACAUUUUCUUUUUUGGUUGAACAAUGGAAAGAUGACUUACCUCCUGGCUACAUGCUUAAAGAAGCCUUCAUAGAUCAGCCAUUUGAAGAGGAUGCAUGCCACUGCCACUUUAACUUUGUCAACCUAAGCAGUGAUUCUGAGUUAGUUCUUAAAUAUCAAUGGUUUAUAGGAGAGAGAACCCCGACAAAUUUUGUGCCUAUUGUUGAUGCAGUAGGCGAGGUGUACUGGCCAAAGCACGAGGAUAUUGAUAGACAUCUGAAGAUUGAGUGCACUCCAAUAUUGAAAGAUAUUGAGUACACACCUAUUUUUGCUGUAUCAUCACCUGUUUCCCCAGGAACUGGAUAUCCAAAAGUUCUAAACUUGAAGGUGCUUGGUGAACUUGUGGAGGGAAAUUUGAUCAAGGGUUCUGUAGAGGUCGCAUGGUGUGGUGGGACGCCAGGGAAAGGUGUAGCAAGUUGGUUGAGGCGAAGAUGGAAUAGUAGUCCUGUGGUAAUAGUUGGAGCUGAAGAUGAGGAAUAUCAGUUGACUGUAGAUGACAUUGAUUCAAGUUUGGUUUACAUGUAUACUCCAGUAACAGAAGAAGGUGUUAAGGGAGAACCGCAGUAUGCGAUGACUGAAUUUAUAAAAGCAGCUGCACCAUCAGUUAAUAAUGUGUGGAUCAUCGGGGAUGCUGUUGAAGGAAAUAAAAUAAAAGGGGUUGGAAAAUACUUUGGAGGGAGGGAGGGCCCAAGCAAGUUUGAGUGGUUGAGAGAGAGCAAGGAAACCAGUAAAUUUAUAUUAUUAUCAUCUGGUACCACUGAGUAUACCCUGACAAAGGAGGAUGUCGGGAGACGUAUAACAUUUCUUUAUAUUCCAGUUAAUUUGGAAGGCCAGGAGGGGGCAUCAGCAUCGGCCAUGACAGAGAUUGUAAAGCAAGCUCCCCCAAAGGUAACCAAUUUGAAAAUAAUUGGAGAUAUGAGAGAAGGUAAUAAGCUGACUGUCACUGCUACUGUCACUGGGGGAACUGAGGGUUCCAGUAGGGUCCAAUGGUUUAAAACAGCUUCCUCAAAAGUAGAGGGUGAAAAUGGUCUUGAAGCAGUUAGUACCUCCAAAAUUGCAAAGGCAUUUCGUAUCCCCCUUGGUGCUGUUGGUUGCUAUAUUGUUGCAAAAUUUACUCCUAUGGCCCCUGAUGGUGAAACUGGUGAACCAGCAUAUGUCAUAUCAGAAAAAGUUGUUGAAACACUUCCACCAAGCCUAAAUUUUCUGUCUGUCACUGGUGAUUUUUCUGAGGGUGAAAUGUUGACAGCAUCAUAUGGCUAUAUUGGGGGCCAUGAGGGCAAAAGCCUAUACAAUUGGUAUUUCCAUGAAACUGAAGCUGACAUUGGCACGUUAAUACCAGAAGCAUCAGGACUUCUUCAAUAUCGCAUAACAAAGGAUGCUAUUGGCAAGUUUAUUUCUUUUAAAUGCACUCCGGUGAGGGAUGAUGGUACUGUUGGUGAGCCAAGAACUUUUCUAGGACAGGAGCGAGUUCGCCCAGGAAGCCCAAGAUUGCUUUCACUCCAGGUAACGGGUAAGGCUGUCGAAGGAAUGACAUUGGUUGCCAACAAGAAAUAUUGGGGAGGACAAGAAGGUGAUUCAGUUUUCCGCUGGUUCUUGACUAGUUCUGAUGGUGCACAGAAGGAAAUCAAAGGUGCUAGAACUGCAUCCUACACCUUAACUUGUGAUGAUAUUGGCUUCUUUGUCUCUGUUUCUUGUGAACCUGUUAGAAAUGACUGGGCUCGUGGCCCUAUAGUUGUUUCUGAAUAUAUUGGUCCCAUUCUACCCGGACCACCAACUUGUCAAUCACUCAAAGUUCUAGGAUCAAUGGUUGAAGGAGGCCGCCUCAGCUUUAUUGCUGAAUACACUGGAGGUGAACGAGGAAAUUGUACCCACGAAUGGUUUAGGGUGAAGAGUAAUGGUAUAAAGGACAAGCUAACUGGUCAGGAAUAUCUUGAUUUGACUCUUGAUGAUGUUGGUAAAUGCAUUGAGCUCAUUUACACACCUAUAAGGAUGGAUGGCUCAAGAGGAUCACCAAAGAGCAUUAUCUCAGAAGUGAUUGUUCCUGCGGAUCCAAGGGGUAUUGAGCUCAUCCUACCAAGGUGUUGUCAGGAUGAGGAAAUCAUCCCACUUAAAUCUUAUUAUGGUGGAAAAGAAGGCAAUGGGAAGUACAUUUGGUACAGAACUAAAGAGAAGCUGCAGGAGUCAGAGUUGGUGAAUCUAGCUACUGCUUCAGAUGAUAUUCUUGUUGUUGGAGAAAGCUUAACAUAUACGCCUUCACUUGAAGAUGUUGGCUUUUACUUGGCACUUUACUGGGUGCCUACACGGGCUGAUGGGAAACUUGGAGAUCCAUUAGUUGCCAUAAGCAACCAUCCAGUCAUAGCAGCUCUUCCAUUUGUUUCUGAGGUAUGCAUAAAGGAGUUGGGUUCUGGUGCACAUGCUGGUGAGGGAAAAUAUUAUGGUGGAUAUGAAGGAUCAAGCCUGUAUAGCUGGUACAGAGAAACUAAUGAAGGAACAAUUGUUCUUAUCAGUGGUGCUAAUUCCGCCACUUAUGAAGUUACUGAUUCAGAUUACAAUUGUCGUCUAUUGUUUGGCUACACUCCUGUUCGUUCAGAUGCUGUGGUGGGGGAACUCAGGCUAUCGGAACCAUCUGAUAUAAUCCUUCCAGAAGUUCCAAAAAUUGAGAUGCUUUCCCUCAAAGGAAAGGAAGUUGAAGGAGAAGUACUAACUGCUGUUGAAGUAAUUCCAAAGAGUGUGAUUCAACAACAUAUUUGGGAUAAAUACAAAAAGGAGAUUAAAUACCAAUGGUUUUGCUCAGUGGGAACGGGAGAUUAUCAAUCCUUUGAACCACUGCCUUCUAGGUGCUCCUGCUCAUAUAAGAUGCGGUUAGAGGACAUAGGUCGAUGUCUGAAAUGUGAAUGCAUAAUCACAGAUGUUUUCGGAAGGUCCAGUGAGCCUGUGUCAGCAGUAACUGCUCCUAUAUUGCCAGGGGUACCCAAAAUUGAUAAACUGGAGAUUGAAGGAAGAGGUUACCACACAAAUUUAUAUGCUGUUCAAGGUAUUUAUAGUGGAGGAAAAGAAGGCAAGAGCAAAAUCCAAUGGCUCCGAUCGAUGGUUGGAAGCCCUGAUCUCAUAUCUAUACCUGGUGAAGUAGGGAGGAUGUAUGAAGCUAAUGUUGAUGAUGUGGGGUACAGACUUGUAGCAGUUUAUACUCCUAUAAGGGAAGAUGGAGUUGAGGGACAACCUGUUUCUGCAUCAACAGAUCCAAUUUCAGUUGAGCCUGAUGUUUACAAAGAAGUGAAGCAGAAGCUGGAUCUUGGAUCUGUCAAGUUUGAGCAGGCAUUGUAUGACAAAGAGCGGUCCUCAAAGAAGGCUCCAGGAGUGGGAAAUCUUGAGAGAAGAGUUCUUGAAGUCAACAGAAAGAGGGUCAAGGUUGUGAAACCGGGUUCGAAGACUUCUUUUCCAGCUACUGAAAUCCGGGGAACUUAUGCCCCUCCUUUCCAUGUUGAACUUUAUCGCAAUGACCAACACCGCUUUAAGAUUGUAGUUGACAGCGAGAAUGAAGUCGACUUGAUGGUGCAAAGCCGGCACAUGCGUGAUGUCAUUGUUCUUGUGAUAAGAGGAUUUGCUCAAAGAUUCAACAGCACAUCUCUUAAUUCCCUUCUUAAGAUAGAGACAUGACAGACAAUGUUCGAAGGAAAGCAUGUGGAGAUAGCCUGCUGUCGCCCUAAACAAGUUAUCCGUGCUACUGAAGAAUUCUUUUCCAUUAUUUCUGCAGUUGUGAUUUGUUUCUCAGAAAUCUUAUAAUGAAGUUUCUUGAUGUUAUGCGUGCAAGGGUUUUGAUUUGUGUGAUUGUGGUAUGAAUUGACCUGUAUAUUAUUUGACAGCGAUCCAUGGUGCCCCAAAGAGGAAGCGAGCUCACUCAGUUACCACACAUCAUUAAUUUAUCUGUGCCCUUUGGUCUUCCACACCAGCCUGUUUACUGACUCCUUUGGUGUAAAUUAUGUAGCGGUUUGUGAUAGAGGUUGUAUAGCAGACAGUUUGUAUGUUCAGAACCAGGAGCAUGCUGUGAGCAUUUUGUAUAUGACACAGUUCCUGUAGAAAUUUGAGUCAUUUUUACAGUUAAGAAAUCAGGAUUCUUGAAGUCUC